GAGUGGGUUCGGCAAAGUGAGUGUGUUAUUCUUGAGAAGCCUGCCUUCAAGAACACAUUAACUUACUCAAAAGAAAGGUAAAUUUCUGGUUGUUUCAGAGGUGGCAGUGAGGCACACCAUUAGCACAGGAAAAUGAGUGAGCUUGACCAGUUACGCCAGGAGGCUGAGCAACUGAAAAACCAAAUCAGAGAUGCUAGGAAAGCAUGUGCGGAUGCCACCCUGGCUCAGAUCACAGCCAAUAUUGACCCAGUGGGGAGAAUUCAAAUGCGCACUAGAAGAACACUCCGGGGACACCUGGCUAAAAUUUAUGCAAUGCACUGGGGGACUGAUUCCAGACUUCUAGUUAGCGCCUCCCAGGAUGGCAAACUUAUAAUUUGGGACAGCUAUACUACAAACAAGGUGCAUGCCAUUCCCCUGCGUUCAUCUUGGGUCAUGACUUGUGCAUAUGCUCCUUCUGGAAAUUAUGUGGCUUGUGGUGGUCUUGAUAACAUCUGUUCCAUUUAUAACUUGAAAACUCGUGAAGGGAACGUACGUGUCAGCCGUGAACUAGCUGGUCACACAGGAUACUUGUCGUGCUGUCGCUUCUUGGAUGAUAAUCAAAUCGUCACCAGCUCUGGCGACACUACUUGUGCUCUCUGGGACAUAGAAACUGGUCAGCAGACAACUACAUUUACUGGGCACACUGGAGAUGUCAUGAGUUUGUCUCUUGCUCCUGAUGCCCGGUGUUUUGUUUCUGGUGCCUGUGAUGCCUCUGCCAAACUGUGGGAUGUUAGAGAAGGAAUGUGUCGGCAAACCUUCACUGGCCACGAGUCGGACAUUAAUGCCAUCUGUUUCUUCCCAAAUGGCAACGCAUUUGCCACAGGCUCAGAUGAUGCUACAUGCAGGCUUUUUGAUCUUCGGGCUGAUCAGGAACUUAUGGUUUAUUCACAUGAUAACAUCAUUUGUGGCAUCACCUCUGUAGCAUUUUCCAAGAGUGGACGUCUCCUCUUAGCUGGUUAUGAUGACUUCAACUGCAAUGUCUGGGACACACUGAAAGCUGAUAGAGCAGGUGUCCUUGCUGGUCAUGAUAACCGUGUCAGUUGCUUAGGUGUGACUGAUGAUGGCAUGGCAGUGGCAACAGGAUCAUGGGACAGCUUCCUCAAGAUCUGGAACUGAAGGAGAAGAGUGGUGGACUCCAUGACUGGAAGAAGCUUCCAACGGUUGAAAAUUAAAAAUGAUAGCAUAUCCAAUCCAACCAUACUAACUUGGACCCCCAUCCUCCCAACUUCAAAGGGCAAGAUCUUUUCCAUCUCCUGUUGCUGAAAUGAAGAGCACAAUUACCCUUCCAAGAAGAAUUUCUGUGUUGUAAGCAAAAUGAAGUUGUGCAUUCCUUCUGGGACCAUUUUCUUUUCUUUUCUGUCUUGAGAAUUAAAAAAUGAAACACUAUCAUAAAAGCAUGACCAGAAAAUAAACUUGAGCAUAAUUGUGAAACAGUUAGCUUUCACUGUAGUUUCCAAGUUGAGGUUAAGGACUUUAUCUCACACACUUGCAAAUUUUAAAGUCAUGUUUGUAGCAAGAUUUUUUCCAGGUUUCCUUUUUAAAUACAUUUCUUUAUGUAUUUAAUUGAGCGAACCAAGGGAGUCCUAGCCCAGAGCAUCUGGGGGUUGUUAACGCUGUAAAUUUAGUCCCUAAUUUUUUUAUUUUCUAUUAUCACAGAUAAUUGUUGCACAAAACUUGGCAUAUAUAGGAUAGCAGUAAGGUAACCAAGCACAUGCUGUAAAAGGUAAUGAAUGCUUGUUUAAGGAAUCCUUUCACCUUUUAUGGAUAACAAAUGCAAUCCUUGGUCCCUCCUGCCUCCCCUUCGUUCCCCCCUUUUUCAUCAUACUGAUUUUUUUUUUUUUUUGAUCUGUUUUGGUUUUGUCCACUUGAAAGGGCAGUUUAUAUCCUUAACACUAUCCUGUAAGUCUCAUCAACCAGGAAUCUCUGUUUUCAAAAGAGACCUAUCCUACACUUGGGUAUUGAGUCAAUUCUUUGUGUAUGAAAUGAUGUACAAAUCAAUGUUUUGAAAAUAAUGAUCUUGAACUUUCUAAGUUAAACAGAAAAAAAAAAACUUUUUUUGAUUGUUUGCCAUAUUGGGUGGGUUUACUCUUAGAAUCGCAUGCUGUAGAAAUGCUAAAAAGUGCAUAUUGGACUAAGUCCUUUGAUGUUUUUUCUUUGAAGAAAUAACCUGUUUAAAAACUGUAACCAUUGUCGCUGUAUUCAUUUAUUGUUGCUACUCUGUGCAUAAGUCUCUGGAGAACUCAAGUACAAGCUAUGCACGUUUUGGAGUAGCGUGAUAAGUCACUU